AUGGUUCGCGAAACUGGCUACUACGACCUUCUUGGUGUCGACCCCAAAGCUUCUUCCGACGAAAUAAAGAAAGCCUACAGAAAAUUAGCGUUGAAAUAUCACCCGGACAAGAACCCCAAUGAAGGAGAGAAGUUCAAACUCAUAUCCCAAGCAUACGAUGUUCUUUCGGAUAGCAAAAAGCGAGAUCUGUAUGACCAAGGCGGAGAGCAAGCCAUUAAAGAAGGCGGCAUGGGCGGAGGCUCGUCCCCCAUGGACAUUUUCAACAUGUUCUUUGGAGGUGGAGGAAGGAUGCAGAGAGAGAGGCGAGGAAAGAACAUUGUCCACCAGCUGAGUGUUGCGCUGGAGGACAUGUACAAUGGCACUACAAGGAAGCUGGCACUUCAGAAGAAUGUUAUAUGUGAAAAGUGUGAAGGUUACGGUGGUAAGAAAGGCUCCUUGGAAAAAUGCUCCAGCUGUAAAGGAAGAGGAGUGCAGAUCAAAGUACAGCAGAUUGGACCAGGCAUGAUUCAGCAGAUACAAAGCAUGUGUGGAGAUUGCCAAGGCCAGGGGGAGUCGUUCAGCGCAAAAGACCGUUGCAAAAACUGCAAUGGACACAAAGUGGAACGCAAGAAGAAAAUUCUUGAAGUCCAUAUUGACAAAGGUAUGAGAGACGGUCAGAAAAUUACAUUUCACGGAGAAGGCGACCAAGAACCUGACCUAGAGCCUGGUGAUGUCAUCAUUGUGCUGGACCAGAAGGAGCACAGCGUUUUCAAACGAAUUGAUGACAACCUCACUAUGACCAUGAACAUCAAACUAGUAGAAGCCCUGUGCGGUUUCAAAAAGACCAUCAAUACCCUGGAUGACAGAACACUCCUUAUCAGCUCCCAACCAGGUGAAGUUAUAAAGAACAAUGACAUGAAGGUGAUACAGAGUGAAGGCAUGCCGGUUUACCGUAGCCCUUAUGAAAAGGGGCAACUAUUCAUCCAAUUCCAGGUGGAGUUCCCGGAGAAGCACUGGCUUCCAGAGCAUCUUAUGUUCCAGCUUGAAAGGUUGCUUCCCCCCAGGGAGGACGUGUUAAUCAUUGACGACAUGGAGGAAGUAGAGCUCUGUGAGGUAGAUGAGCGGGCAAAGCAGCAAAACUACGGUGGGGAAGCUUACGAUGAAGAUAUGGAAGGUCCUAGAGGUGGUGUGCAGUGUCAGACGCAGUAA